AUGACUCGUGUUGUUGUUUGCGUUUCGGCCUGCAUUCUUCUUUCGUUGCUCCUGGUGACAGCGGAGCGCGCAACAGUCUCAUCGCCGCAGCAGCCAGCCGUUCGCCCACCUCAUCGGCUCCAUGCGCGGAGGCUUCCGUCAUCCACAGGGUCGCCGUUUUCUGUGUUCUCCGUCUGCGAUGCCGAAAUUGAGCAUUUAUGCCCCACGAACAAAGAAGCGCCACUCAAGUGCCUCCUACAGCAGUUUCUCGAAUCCAGGAACAACGUCUACGCCAGCACCACGACACAGGGCCAUUCUCAACUACCUCAGCACCGACUGACCGCCUUCAGCAAGGAAUGCAGCAGCUGGCUAUGGGGGAGGGAGGAGUGUGUGUCGUAUGUGCGCAUGGCAGGCAAGUGCCACGCCUCUGAGACUGCGCGGGAGUGUCUGCGGCGCAUCCCGGUACGUCAGCUGCCGCCAGCUUGUCGUGACACGGAGUACUACCACGGCGUGCUGCUGUACGGCGUGCUGAAGAGGCAACGACGACAGAUGCAGCGUGACUUCCGGUGGCGUGCUGGCAAGCACUACCGUUGA